GUAUGAGGUAGUCAGCACUAAAUCAAGUUUUUGUCUACCAGUGCCCUUUUUCCUUGUUGUCUUCCAAAAUACUUCUUUUUCCUCUGCCCUUCAGGAGAUUAUAAAAUUCUGCAGUUCAGGUUCUGUGAGCUUUACUGAUUUAUCGUCCUACUUAAGCAAAAUAAGCAGUGAUUCUUGCAUUUCUAAAGAAAACCUCAAGGUCUGGACUACUGUGGAGGACAUUUUCACUGAGGCAACUCCAGACUUUUUUCCGGACUCCUUCCCAGCUAGCUGUGGCUCACUAGCUCCCUUCAGGCUGUGUUCAUGCAGCCAAACCCAGUCCUCUCCCUGGGAUCUGACCUCCGAAGCCUGAGCCUCAGCUCCCAGUCCCCACCCAUCCCGGCGGAUGAGCAGAGAAGCCUCUCGGUCUGGCACGUCCCUAACUUGAGAGAUGGGGAAUGAAUUCAAGAGAAUUGUUCUGCUGAAAGGAUUUCAGCACAUCAGUGAUUACCAGUUUAGCGUGAUUAAGUGUUUACUGGCCAAGGAUUUAAAACUGACUAGUAAAAUGCAAAAUGAAUAUGACAGAGUUAAGAUUGCUGACUUGAUGGAAGUAAAGUUCCGUGGGCCUGCCUGUGUUGACAAAUUAAUAGACUUGGUCAAAGAUAUAGAAGAAAUUAAAGACCUUGCUAAAACUCUUAAAAAUGAGAAGUUAAAAGUUAUCAGGAGAAGCAGAGCAAAAGAAGCAACUCCAGUGAAAAAAAGCAAGCUGAAUAUACCCAGUCCUGACCAAUCUACAUCCACCACUAAUAAAGCUUUGGGACCUGAAUCAAUCAAGGAUACACCUGUGAAGGGAAAGAAAACCACAAAAACUAAUGAAUCUAAGAUGAAUCUAAAGAAGGAGCAGAGUCAGCUUCCAGGAUUGUUAGUAACCAGCACACAGUCAACUGAGAGCCUUCCCCAGACUCCUCAAAUGCUUCCACCAAAGCCAUCCAGCAGUUCCUCAACCAAGAAAAAAAAUGACAUAGCCACCAAAAUUAAUGACUUAAAAAGGAAGACCGUAUCUCAGAAACAGAGUCAGCUUCCAGGAACUUCAGCAACCAGCACAUGCCCAACUGGGAGCAGUUGUCCAGUGAAAUCUAUACCUCCACCAACACCAUCCAGCAGUUUCUCCGUCAAGGAAGAAGAAAAUACAUAUUUUUGGAUUCAAAAAAUAGAAGGCACAACCAAUAAAACACUUACCUCCAAGAAAAGGGAACUAUGCCUGGAACAGAGUCAGCUUCCACAAUGUGCAAACCCCAGCAUAAUCCCAAAUGAGGGCUGCCUUCAGACUCCUCAGAUGCUGCCACCAACCUCAUCCAGCAGUUCCUCAACCAAGAAACCAAGAUUGACGGCUGUACCUAAAGAAGCUUCCAGAGAGGAGGGCUUCCAGAGGGGGCCCAAAGAAGUGAUGGUGCUGAAAGCAACGGAACCAUUUACAUAUGCUGUCAGAGAAGGCGAGAGGAAGAUGUUUCAUGCCACAGUGGCUACUGAGAGCCAGUUCUUCCAAGUGAAGGUUUAUCAUGUUGACCUGAAGGAGAAGUUCAUCCCAAAGAAAAUCAUUGCCAUAUCAGAUUAUUUUGGCCGCAAUGGGUUCCUGGAGGUGUUCAAUGCCUCAUCUGUGUCUGAUGUUAACCCUGACCGAAAGAUGGAGAUCUCUAAAAGACUGAUUCAAAACGCAAAUGCAACUCCUAAAAUCAGUCAUCUUUACUCGCAAGCUCUAGGAACAUUCGUGAAUGGGGUGUUUCUGGUGCAUCAGAAAUUGGUAUGUAAUGAAUGCAUAUAUUAUGAAAUACAAGAUAAUACAGGAGUGAUGGAAGUCCUGGUUUAUGGACAACGACUGACCAGAAUCAACUGUGAGAAAGGCGAUAGACUUAAACUCAUCUGCUUUGAAUUGGCAUUAAAUGGGGAUAAGAGGCAGCUGAGAUCCAUAAUUCACAGUUUCAUCAAGGUCACCAAGGCCAGGAAAAGCAAGGAACAACCAUUCAAUCCUGAAUCAUAUAUGGAAACCUGAUUCGAGCUGUUCUUCUAAAAACCUGGAUGUCAUUAAUAUUGAUGUUUAUGGAGAUAAGAUCUAAGUACAGAAAAAAAAGUAUAUAUGUAUACGUAUGGUUGAAAUACCACAAUAUAUAUAGUAGCCAUUAAUUCUUAGGAAUAGGGUGCUUUUCAUUUUUUUAAUACUUUCUGUACCAUCUCAAUGCCUAAUUUUGCAUCUAUAACUUUUAUAAUUUGGAAAAAAUAAUAAACAUGAUUUUUCCUAAAGACAUGCCUCCGUAGGAGUCUAGUUCAUUGCUUAAAAGCAAAUAGUCUGUGGGCUGCAAAUCAGAUAGGGACACUUAAGACCCAAGCAAUAUUUGGAUUUAUACUUUGGUUGUGAUCUUUACAGACUAUAACUCUGGUCAAGAAUGAACAGGUUGAACAAGCUGUGCCCUGCUCAAAGAAACCCAAGAGGAAGGCAGAGCAGCUGAAAUCCAGUCUGUGUUUCAAUUGCCAACCCCUAUGCUAGGGUAGAGUUGCUUUAGUCCAAAACAAUGAUAUCUUUUCAGAAUUGAUCUCCUGGAGGGGCCAUAAUUGGGUAAUUUGUGUACCAAAUAAGGCAGCUUCUGAUGAUUUGCAUGAAGUCACUAGUAUAUGUUGGAAGUAAUUCUAGCCCUGUCUGAUGUGAAAUAACUGGUUCCACUUACUUAUUCAGGUACUAACAGAUCAGUAGCUCUCCAGCUAUACUGCCUGGUUCUCACAUGUGUGGAUCCUAUGAGGAAGUUGCUCCAGGCAAAGACUUGCAUUAGGCAAACACUGACGAAUAAUUAAUUUAGUUUGGAGUACAGUGGCGGAAAGUAGAUAGCUAACACUGAAAUUUACAAUGUAUUUUUUUACAUGUAUUUUAUUGAAGUAGAGUUGAUUUAUAAUGUGUGUUAAUUUCUGCUGUACAGCAAACUGAUUCAGCUAUACAUAUGAAUGUAUUCUUUUCUGUAUUCUUUUCCAUUAUGGUUUAUUACAGGAUAUUGAAUAUAGUUUCCUUACAGUGUAUUUCUUGAUCACGUAUUUGAUACCUGGUGUUUUGCAAUUAUUUUGUCAUUUAAUCUUAUAUUAGCUCUAGAGGGUUGAUAGUGUUCUUCUUUUUACUCUCCUAGUAAGAAAAAUAAGGGACAGAAGGUAAGAUCAUGUUCCUAAUGAUUAGAACAGUUCCAUCAUAACAAGAAUUUCCUUCAUGCCACUUUAUUGUCAACGCUUCCUCCAAUCCAAGCUCCUGGCAACCACUGAUAUAGUUUCUUAACUUAAACUUUUCCCUUUUCCAGAGUUUCCUAAAAUGGAAGUUAAAAUGUAUGUAGCAUUUUGAGUCUGACUUCUUUCACUUAGUAUAGUAUGUUUAGGAUUCAUCCACGUAGUUGUGUGUUUCAGUUUAUUCCUGUUUAUUGCUGCGUAGAAUUCAAUGUGUGGACCCACCAAAGUUUGUUUAUCUAUUCCCCAAGUGAGGAACAAUUGGAUUGUUGACACUUUGACAUAUUUACAAAUAAAACUGCUGCAAAUAUU